GAAUAACUGGUCAUGAUUUCCAUAAAGACACAUUGCUGUUGAAUAUUUAUUAAUGUGUUUUUUUGGUGCUUUGAGCACCACAAGCCGAAUGCCAUCGGGUUCCAUUAUACAGGAGAGAAGACAGACAUCUUUGCGGCCGAUAUCUCCAACACUCGGCAACUCACACCAAAACAAUUUGAAUUAAUGAAUAGCACUACAGGAGACAGAAGCUUUAAGAGCACUCAGACAGAGGACACAGUAAACGUGCUCAGGUGUGUGAGCCUGGCUGGUUUCAUGAGGAGGAUGCAGCUGCCGGAGACACUCAGCAUCGGACCUGUGGUGGUCGACACAGCGUCUGAAGCCACUGCCCUUCUGCUUUUACCGCUGCUGCUGCUGCUUCUCGCUGCGUGGAGCCGAACAAACCGGUCACAGAUACCCGGUCCUUCCUUCUUAGCAGGACUCGGUCCUGUCCUCUCCUACAGCAGAUUCAUCUGGACUGGGAUAGGAACGGCGUGCAACUACUAUAACAACAAAUAUGGCAGCAUUGUGCGGGUCUGGAUUAAUGGCGAGGAGACACUCAUUAUAUGCAGGACUUCAGCAGUUUAUCAUGUUUUGAAGAGCGCCAACUACACAGCCAGAUUUGGGAGCAAAAUAGGGCUGGCGUGUAUUGGGAUGGAAGGGAAUGGUAUCAUUUUCAACAGUGAUGUCGAGCUCUGGAAAAAACUGAGGACAUAUUUUUCCAAAGCUCUGACAGGCCCCAGCCUCCAGAAGUCGGUGGGAAUCUGUGUGAGUUCAACAGCCGAACACUUGGACAGCCUGCAGGAGAUGACCGACCCUUCCAAGCAUGUGGAUGCUCUCUCUCUGCUGAGAGCCAUCGUGGUGGACGUCUCAAACAAGCUUUUCCUCAGGGUGCCGCUCAACGCAAAGGACUUGCUGCUUAAAAUCAACAACUACUUUGACACCUGGCAAACAGUUCUAAUAAUGCCUGAUAUAUUCUUCAAGAUUGGAUGGCUGUACAACAAGCACAAGAGAGCAGCCCAGGAGCUGCAGGACACGAUGGAGGCCCUUCUGGAAUGUAAACGAAAGAUGAUAAAUCAUUGUGAGAAGCUGGACGAAGCUUUUGACUUUGCGACGGAGCUUAUCUUUGCUCAGAAUGUCGGAGAGCUUUCGGCAGAUAACGUCAGGCAGUGUGUGCUGGAGAUGGUGAUUGCUGGACCUGAUACUCUUUCCAUCAGCCUCUUCUUCAUGCUGAUGCUGCUGAAACAAAACCCAGAUGUGGAGCUGAGGAUAGUGGAGGAGAUGAACACUGUCUUGAGUGAUGACAGUGAAAACAUUGAUUAUCAAAGAUUGGAAGUGCUGGAGAGUUUCAUCAAUGAGUCUUUGAGGUUUCAUCCUGUGGUUGAUUUCACAAUGAGAAAAGCUCUGGAAGACGACACCAUCGAAGGCGUUAAAAUCACAAAAGGAACCAACAUCAUUCUCAACGUUGGUCUCAUGCACAAGACUGAAUUCUUCCCCAAACCCAAAGAGUUCAGCCUGAUGAACUUCGACAAAACGGUGCCCAAUCGUUUCUUCCAGCCCUUCGGCUGUGGGCCCCGCUCCUGCGUGGGCAAACACAUCGCCGUGGUGAUGAUGAAGGCCAUCCUGGUCACUCUGUUGUCGCGUUACACCGUGUGUCCUCGCCAGGGCUGCACCCUUGACAGCAUCAGGCAGACAAACAACCUGUCGCAGCAGCCUGUGGAGGAUGAGCACAGCCUGGCCAUGCGCUUCAUCCCUCGGACAACACAACCUCAACACAGUCAGCAGAAUCAUCACUGAGACACAGGGGGUUACAUCUGGGUGGAAACUACUUUUGCAACUGAUACAAAAAUAUUCUCUGGCCAAGUCUGUACAAAUCAGGGCUGCACGAUAUGAGAGAAACACGUGAUAUCAAAAUAAUGUUUUUAAAUAUUGCAAUAAUGAUGCUACUUGCAAUAAAUACAUGAAGUACUCAGCUCUGCCUCUCUGCUCCUUUUAGUAUAGUAGAAUGUUGUCUGCUUUGACAUUACUGACCUUUAGUGAAUACGAUUGAAGGUUUUAGACGAUACAGAGCAGAGCAAGGCUGAUUUUCUGGACUGUGGGAUCCAGUAUGGAAAACCGGUGUGGAUAUGGAUAUACAGGGCUCCUACAGCUUGAGGCAAAUUAGAUUUAAGACUGUUUAAUGCCACUUGAUGAUGAUUAAAACCAAUUUCACAGUAACCAAAAUUGAAGGAGGAAGAAAACAAGAACCAAUGUCAAUUUCCUAGAGGUAGGGACGUGAUAAAGAAAAAUGCUCAUUUGGGUAGCUGUGUUUAAUCUAUUAUUCUUGUGAUCAAAACUGAUCUGAAGCUCAAUCCUGAGAUUGUUCUGUAAGUCCAAUAAAUAAUAAAUAUAGCAACUUCUAAUCAAUUUCAGGCUUAAAAUAACAACUUCUGGUUCCGUCCCACCCAUUUACAGUGUAAGCCACACCCACUUCUAGUUCAAACUCCACCCAUUCUGAGUUGACUUAUGGAUACAGAUAAUUAAAUUGGUUGAAUAGAUACAGAUAAUGGUGUGCUCGCUCAUCCCUAAUAGAAACAGAUAACACCCGCGGGCAAUUUAGAGUCACUAAUUAAGCUAACGUGCAUGUCUUUGGACUGUGGGAGGAAGCCAGAGAGCUCGGAGAUAACAUCCAGCUCCACACAGGAGGGCCCUAGCUGGAUGGAGGGUUUGAACCCCAGUACAUUCUUGCUGUGAGGCAGCAGUGCUUACCACUGAACCACCUUGGCACCCAUUGGGCGGGACAGUUUAGGGACAAUUUAGCCCACACGUUUAGUUGAACAUAAAACAUAACUUAUUUUGUCUCGUGGUGAAGACAAGGGUUGAACAGAAGUGGUGUUUGUUGGCAAGUUUUUUCAUCCUGCGUCUCACUCUGUAGGUGGGAUUCCACUGUCUUGAUCGCCAUCAAGUGUUUGAAAAGCUUUUUACACAAAAUUUUCAGAGCCUUAUGAAUUGGCUUGUAACAGUUUCAAUCGUGCUGCGAAAUCUUGGUGAAACAGCCAAUUUUUGUAGAAUUUGCACUUCCCAAUGUGCAGUGACAGCUCUCUUGCAGACAGUGCAGCCUCUGAGCAUCCUGGACAGAAACACAGUCGGUUCCCCCUGUGCUGAUCUGUGUGACGUUAACGUGUGAGGCAUUUAGUAAAUUAUUUUUUUGUAAAGCAGAUGUUACUAGCAAGGUUGAGAUUAAACAAUGCAAUGACAAAAAAACAAAACAUGCACAUUAAUUUUCCAUGUCUCAGCAUUAAGACUUAAAAAGAUUCAUUCAAUACAUUUUAAUACUAAUUGAGGCCUUAUAUAAACUCAAUGCCUUUUAACUAUAGAUAUUAUAUAAUUAUAUAUUAAACUAUCACAGAUAUAACUACUAUGAUAAAAAAAAUGUGGGGGGGGGGGUUCUUUUAAAAUUCAAAACAUAUAAAAAAGGACUCUAAUUUGCAAAGACUCUUAACACUUUAUUAAUUCAUUUGUAAUUUGUUUUGUUUUUUUGGAAACUUGUUCAUCUCUAAUGAUUUUGUAUCACUUCUUAGUCUGGAGCUCUUCUUCAAUUAUGCAAUCUUUGCUUUUAUCUUUUUCUUUUUAUGUAUAAUUGUUGUUAUUUAAUAGGGGAGAUAUCUUCAUGAGCCGUUUUUGGUUUCUAACCCCUCUUUCCUGUAUUUUCUAUACAUGUAUAUGCAAAUAAACUAAACUAAUUACAAGCAUGUCGUGAUGUGGUGACACAUCACAACUUGCUUCGUACAUUUUAAUUCCAGUUAAAUCCUGUUGAUGAAGACAGCGUUAUCAUGUUACAUAUAUAUUUUCAUACAGUAUGUGUUUCUUUUAGCAUUAAGAUGUUACUGUUUUAAACAUAAUCAAAGUUUAAAUUGUUUUAAUUUGUUGUAUAUUUGGUGUGUGUGUCUGUGGAUUAGUAUGAUGGCAAGGUGAAUGGAGGUACUGAUAUGUGUUAGACCUCUCUAUCUUGUGAUGUUUUCUCAUGUUACAAGUAUAAAAAAUGUUGAUAAGAGACAAAGAUUAUUUCUUUUUUGGAAGUGUGGACUGUACAAAGCAGGCUGCAAAUCAAAUUAUAUGCUGUUUUUUUAUAUUUGGUGUAUGCGCAAAGUAAACAAUGUUCAUUGAAUAACUAUCUGAAAUAUUGUGUUCCAGCAAAUAUCACGAGAAGAGCAAACAUUAGAAAAUAUUUUCUUUACUGUAAAAU